UCUCGCCCUAGAGCCACAUAUAAAUAUUGGGGUUGCAAUUAGGGUUUGGUCUCCGUCUUUGGCAGUCCCAGUUCAGAGUUAGAGAGCCACAACUUCAUUUCAACGAUGGUGAAGGGUCGCCAAGGAGAGCGCGUCAGACUCUAUACACGAGGAACCAUUCUAGGAUACAAAAGGUCGAAAUCGAACCAGUACCCAAACACGUCUCUGGUUCAGAUCGAGGGGGUUAACACGAAGGAAGAGGUGGGAUGGUACAAUGGGAAGCGCUUGGCUUACAUUUACAAAGCCAAGGUGAAGACGAAUGGGACCCACUACCGUUGCAUUUGGGGAAAGGUCAUUAGACCUCAUGGUAACAGUGGCGUUGUUCGUGCUAAGUUCAAGUCCAAUCUACCUCCCAAGUCCAUGGGAGCUAGAGUCAGGGUUUUCAUGUACCCCAGCAACAUAUAAGUUUGGCAGUUAUGCGACUUGUGUAGAUGCUAGAUUGGGCCGCAAGGGGAGGCGGUUGAGUUUUGCAUUUAUAAGUUGAGAACCCAUUUUCUAAGUCUGUACUAAAAAAUUACAUUAGCUGGCAGUUGUGCCGUUUGCAAUUUUUAGGAUGCAUUUUCCUGAUAUUUACCAUAGUUAUUGUUGGAAGUUUUGAAGGAAACACUUUUUUUUU